AUGGCCCAGAAAAUCCUUGUUAUUGGCGGCACCGGUGCCCAAGGCUCAGCCGUCGUUAAGGAGCUUCUCGAAGCACCAUUUGAGGUCCGAAUUUUGACCAGAGAUCCAACUAACGCCGGGACACUGGAGAAAUUCCCACCAGGGAGUGGAGUGGAGUUGGUAAAAGGCUCAUUCAUGGACAUUAAAAGUAUUGAAGCGGCUCUCCAGGGCUGCUACGGCUUAUAUCUCAAUACCGAUGGCUUCACAGUGAAAGAGGCAGAUGAGAUCUGGGCCGCUAUCCGCAUCUUUGAGACAGCUAAGACGGUUUCUUCGUUGAGACAUUUCGUCUGGAGUGGCUUGGAUUACUACCUCAAGUUGGGAAAUUAUGAUCCUAAAUACGCUUGUUACCACGUCAAUGCAAAGGCGAGAGUGAAUGACUGGCUCCGAUCACAAGAUUCAUCAACUGAGCCUCAGGGCCUUGCAUGGUCAAUUAUCAACUCGGGGCCAUAUAUGGAGAUGCUACACGGUGGCACCUUUGUUCCAACGAUCAAACCAGAUGGAACGCACGUCUUUUCUUUCCCCUUGGGUAAGGGAAGAUUACCUCUGAUUGCACUCCCUGACCUUGGUACAUUUGCUCGAAUCAUCUUCGAAAACCGUACUGAAUGGUCGGGCCGCACCCUUGGUAUCACAUCUCAAUUCGUUACCGGAGAGGAAAUUGCAAGCACUCUCACGAAAGUAACUGGUGUUACAGCAGUUUACGAGCCUUGUACAGGGGAGGAGUGGGUUUCUCGAAUCCCCGGGUCUUCGGGACCUGUUGCCUCCACAGACCCAACUGGCCCUACAAGCCGGGAGAACUACCUUAUGUGGUGGCGUGCUUAUGAGGAUGACCUGAUUGCUUCAGAAAGAGAUUUUGAUCAACUUAGAGCACUCCACCCUGGCUUGAGAACCCUCGAGUCGUGGAUGAAGGAAACUGGAUACACGGGAGAAAAGAAGAAGUUGUUGAAGGGCCAACGGCAAUCAUAG